CUUCUAGCUACAUAUAGCGAUUACAUUAGAGAGUGAUCAUACUAGAGAGGAAAAUGGCGAGCAACCGUGGAGAUAGAAGACAACAAGGCAACAGGAACUCGACAACCGAUCCUAAGGACUUUGCGAACAAACUGCCAGCUUUCGACAAGGGUUUACUGAAACACUGUUCAUUCUAUCACUUCUACAACUUUCCUGAUGAUUGGGGAGCAAGACAACUAUUCUACUUCAUUGGGAAGUCUAUGAAAGCGGGGAGACUCUGGGAUAUAUUCAUCCUGAGAACCAAAAAAGUCAUCGAGUUAAAGGGCACGAAAAAGGAUGAAGAGAACUUGAUGAAGUGUGCAGUUGGAGCGGUCCUAUCCCCUGAUAUGAUCCCAAACCUUCCAGUGGUAUUUUUUAAUGAAGGCUUCCCUUCAAUUAAAAUUGUCCCGAUGGGUGGUAAUCUUGUGCUAAUUGAUGACGAGAACCCGGAGCAGAUCAAGGAGCUGGUUGGUGGAAACUUAGAAUGGGUUUUACCAAUGCAUGCAUGGUCUGAAGAAAGCUUAGCAUUGAUUGGUAACCAUAUGGGUACAUUAGUGUCCAUUGAUGAACAUACUCUAUCCAAAGAGUGGCUCAAUACAGCAAGAAUAUUAAUCUCUACCAAAUCCAAGUCCACGAUUAAAGAAGAGUUAAUCCUUAAAAUAAAGAACAAUCAGUUUCAUAUUGUUCCAACAGAUGAGAACUGGAGAAAUGACCCUCAGUGGUUGAAAAAAGCUAGUAGAUCCAUUGGUGAUUCAGAUGAGAGUUCGUCGGAUUAUAGCUUCGGCGAUGUAGCCGGUGAGAUGGACUGUAGCAGCUCAGAUAGCUCAGAAGAAAAGGAAAUUCAAACUUCCUUUGGGGUUGUUAAGGGCAUUAAUUGUUCUGACAAAUUGGGCGUCCCAAAGUUUUUUGCUCAAGUAUGCAAGGAAGUGAAAGGCGCCCUGUCAAGCCAAGAGAGGGGGGAACAGAGUAUAAGACAUGAUGACAAAUGGGCAAGUGAAAGUCAUAUUAGUUUGACUAAUAGCUCAAAGAUAGUAGAGCAAGUGGUGCAAGAAACAACCCAAUUUAUUAUCCCAAUUACUAGACAAACUAAAGCUCAUCUCCCGACUGUCAAGAGGGGCGUGGGAUGCCAGGAAGAAACAGGGCUUCAAGUGACUGAAGGCCCAAAUAAAAACCCCAUUAUAAUACCAGGCAAAGAGAAAGUGGAGGUAAUGAAACUAGUCACUGGAAUGAAGCGUGGAAGAAGGAAGAAAGCUCUGCUACAGUCGGCUAACUACGGUGGGGAAUCAUCAAAGGGUUCCCUCUCAGACAGUUACAUCUUGUCCAACAACAAGAGGAUCAAGGAACCCAUGAUCCUAGAAGAAUCAAAAAAGGCAUUUGAGUUUGGGGAAAAGCUCGGGAUUGAUACCAGGAAUGGCAAAGAGUAGAUCCUAGACCGAUUCAAGCAUAUGAAAGAGCAGGAUAAACAGGGGUUUGUCUAUGAGACAUAAGGAUAUGUAUUUCUUCAACCUCUCAGUAAUAUUUAUUGAUGAAGCUUUUAUCUUAUAAUGUGAGGGGAUUUGGAAGCACUGUUAAAAGAAAAGAGGUGAGAAGCUUAAUUCGAAGGGAAGGAAUUAGUUUUGCUUGUUUUCAGGAGACUAAAAUGGAGGUGUUACA